GUGGUGACCUCGGCAUACCGGAAAUCAGCACGCAUGUGGGUAGUGUAGUGCACACCUUCGAGACCUUGGCGCUGCAGCGACGCCUAGCCGAGCAGCAACAACAGCAACAACAACAACAGCAGCAAAGUAAGUAUGAGGUUGAGGUGGAAGUGGAUGUGGAAGAGCAGCCACAGCAACCACCCAGCAACAGCAACAACAGCAACAACACCAGCAGCACCAGCCACAGCAAGUACAACCAAUUGAAGCGCAAAUCACAAGAGAUGCGUCAACGACUCAUGCAGCAAAUGCACCGCCAACAAAAACAGCAACAACAAUUAACGCACAGCACCAACAUUACCAACAACACGAAGCUAACCAAUAGUUGUAGCACCCAAACGUUAGCCUCACAUCUGGCCAAAUUGCGCUCGAAUGGUCAGCAAUCGCGCCACUCCAUGGACCAGCUGCCAACGCAGCGUCUCAGCAACUCCACGGAGCAGUUGCAGCAACGCUUUGGCAGCAUUGCCGACGACUAUCGCAAGAAUCUCUUCGGCACAUUGACGCCGCAACACAGGGUGCGCUCAAGUGUGAAGCAAACCAGCGAGGAGGAACUGCAGGACGAGAGCUUUAUAGUGAAUGCCGCCUUUGAUGAGAUCUUUGCGCGCUACAGCGGCGUAGAUGAGGACGACACAGAGAAUGGGGAUGAGUACACAGCCCAAGUCCAUACGGCCACCAAUACCGAUGAUCUGUACGAUGAGGAUGACGAUGAGAAUAUGCUGGUCAGCUUGAGUGAGCUCGACGACGAUGUGUUUGCGAGCAGGACACAAACGGCAGCCACCACGCCCACCACAAAUGCCGGCCGCACACCCAAACACAGUUGCGGUGCAUUGAAGAAGCCACGUGCACCGGCACCGCCGUUGCAACAACGCUCCAACACGUUGAGCAAUCUCUUCGAGCGCCUAAAAGGCAGUAAUAUGCACAGCUCUGUGGUAGGGACGACAACGCCAACGCAACGCUCACGCCGCUCCCUCAAUAAAACCAACUCCGAACAGCAAUUGCAGCCAACCACCGCCUCCACAUUGGCUGCCAUGCGCAAGUAUCCGGCACAACUUCAAUUGAAUGGCGAAUCAGUGGCCGAUUUCAAUCGAGGCUCCACCUUGAGUCAGUCCUUUGUGCGUCAACUGAAGAAGGCCUCGUUCAAAACGAAGCGUGCACCACCCGCACCACCGCCCAAGCCGCGUGGCUCCAAUGUGGCGCAUGUCACACCUUUACGCAAUGUCCUCAUCUUUCCCAAACGCUCCAAGUCUUCCAAUGAGCUACUGCUCGAUGACUUGAACGUCCAGGCCCGUAAGUAUUACAGCAAGCCCGAAGGGGAGACCCCACAACCGGGACACCGCAAAAAUCUUCACAGCGCCCUACUGUAGGUACGGGUAUGUCUACGAUUAGUUUCGAGGAAGCACUGCAACAUUUUCUUUUCCAACACUUGCCAUUUUGUGACUGAUCCAUCAAGCAACAGCAAUUGAAGCGCUUCAGGCUUUUCCAACACUUUUGCCAUUUACGUGACUGACAAGCAUCACAUUAUUAAAUAAUAAAUUUAGCUUUUAAUACUCAAAACACACCAGCUACAACAUUUUUUAAUAAAGCAGACGCGUUUGAAGUGAUCUAGCAUAGGAGAAGAAUCAUCAGAACCUCUAAUUUUCGAUUGCUUAGGUCGGGGUCACCAAUUAAAGCGACCCCAGCCAAUUUUGAGUUAUCUCCUAUACUAUACGCUAGAUCACUCCGAUUGCAAAAAUUUUACCUGUAGCACAGCUUAACGGAUAAUGUUUUUUUAUCUAUUCAUUAAUCAAACUAUUCGACAGAGGCAACGCUUUUAUAAACUAAUAAAGCAAUGCAAGGUAGUCUAAAACCCGCCGUCGUUAUGGAAGUCAAAUGAGAGGAUGUGGAUGAGAUGAAAAUUGCUUGGAGUCACUAAACCUAUCCAAAGAGUUCUGCGCUAUAUUCGCGUAAUUGGAAACCACAAUUUACCACUAAUACAACAUUAAUUUCGUAAAUUAUUAAUAUAUGCAUGAACAUCAAAACCAAAUACCAAAAAAAAAAAAAAACCAAAUAAAUGUAAUUGAAAUCAUUUACAAAU